CAUGACCCCGGGAAUGCGCAAACUAACUCAGGAGGAAAGCGACAAAGUGUUUGCAAAGCUUGAUCAAUUCGUCGGCGAUCGCAAAGAAGAACUAUUGAAAGACCACAACAUAUAUUUACACAACAAAAACGUAUUUUAUGUAAGCAAUCUGCUCUAUAAAAAGGUCUCCAACAUACCAAAGAAGAGCAUUGUAAUGGUUGGAACGCAUAUCGGACGAUUUACAAGAUCUGAUCGAUUUUUCUUGAAGGUGGGCGCUUUGAAUGUACUGAGUGCAUACGUUACGAAAAAAGUGUGGAUAAAAUGGAGUGCAGAGAUGAACUUCCUCUAUGGAAAUAACGUGCUCAAGUCACAUGUUCUCAAGACUACAGAGGAUCUCAAGGACAGAGACAUUGUGUUUCUGUACAAUCCUAGGGAUGUGUUGCUUGGGUUUGGAAUAACGGCAAGGAAUAUGGACAGCUUUAACAAGGCGGAUCAUAACAGCCUGUUCGUAAUAAAACAGUGCGAUAAAGGUGAAUAUAUACGAAAUGAAGCAGAAAUACUUUAAUAAAUUGUUCAAGGAAGA